AUGACUUCAGCUACUAUCGAAUCUUCACCGGCCGAGCAUGCCGCUCACCAAGCAUCCACGACCAUUGAGGUCGACAGCGAGGCUGGCAGCGCAGCAGGGUACGACUCUGACACUGGUUCUACCUCGUUGAGUUCGAGCAUCCGUGACCACUCAUUCGAAUUCGGGAGGCGUUAUCACCGCUAUCAGGAGGGACUCUACCAGUUCCCAAACGACGAACCGGAACAGGAGAGAGAGGACAUGAAGCAUUAUGCCCUUAUCACAGCUAUGGGUGAUCGCCUACACUACGCCCCCAUCCGUGAUGACCCGGAGAAUAUUCUUGACCUCGGCACUGGCACGGGCAUCUGGUGUGUUGAGAUGGGCGAACAGUAUCCUUCCGCGCUUGUGCAGGGCGUCGACUUGAGCCCCAUUCAACCUACUUGGCUUCCACCAAACGUCAAAUUUCUCGUCGACGAUGCCGAAGCGCCGUGGGUCUACCCGACCGACUACUUCGACCUCGUCCAUGCGAGGCACACUGUUCAAGCAUUCAGAAACUACCUUGGCAUGCUUAAGCAAGCCCACAGGCAAGCCCUCACCGCCCGCCAAGCUCCGACUGCCGUAGCUGACUCAACACACAGGCACCUUCGACCGGGAGGCUGGGUAGAGCUGCACGAGAUGAACUACACGCCGAGCUGCGACGACGGCUCCAUGCCUGACGACUACCAACUGGCGAAGCUGCUAGGCCUAAUCGGCCAGGGCCUAGCCGCCAUGGGCAUCAACCUCGACGGCGUCCACAACAUCAAAUCCCAGCUGCGCGAUGCCGGUUUCGUAAACGUGCAUGAGCGCACGUUUAAGCUUCCGUUCGGUCCGUGGCCGAAGGACAGGCUGCUCAAGAAAGUUGGCACUUACUACCAGGCCAUCGCCAUGGAUGGCUUGCAGGCAAUCGCCUUGCGCCCCCUUUGCAAGGGCUUGGGAUGGAUGACGGAGGAGGUCGAGGUCUUUCUGACGGGCGUCAGAAAGCACCUGAUGGACCCGUCAAUCCAUACCUACCAGGUCUUGCAUGUGAUAUAUGCCCAGAAGCCACAACCGUCAUGA